GUACAUACACAGAAAUACACAUGCACAGACCCAUGUACAUACACAUGUACAUACAUACACACACAUGUACACACAGACACAUGUACGUACAUACACACAAAACACACACACGUACAGUACAUGCACACACACACGUACACACACAUACAUGUACAUACACGCAGACACAUGUACAGAUACACGCAGGCACACAAGCACAGACACACACACACACACCCUAUAAAAAGUUGUAGUACUUUGUUGUUCACUCACAGAGCCGGGUACUGCACUCUAGGGGGAGGCAGAGAGCACAGCACACACGUCUUCCUUUGCUUUCACUGCGUUCAGCUAUUGAGCAGUCUGGCAGCUCCCAGUGCCAAUGACAGAUACGGCCUGAGCUCCGAGUCUGCUCAGCAAGACAGCCCUGGGGGGACACACUCACUCCCACCAUAAUUUCCACUCGCAAUUGGCGAGCAGGCGAGUGGGAAUUUCAAGGCCUGUGCUA